AUGCCUGCCACCAUUCGCCGAUACAAGGCUGCCUGCGUCCAGGCCGAGCCCGGCUGGUUCGAUCUGAAGAAAUGCGUUGACAAGACUGUUGCGCUGAUCCUGGAGGCGGGCGAGAAGGGCUGCAAGCUGGUUGCUUUCCCGGAACUGUGGAUUCCUGGAUACCCCUACUGGCAGUGGCGGGUCAACUACCAAGACUCCUUGCCGCUUCUCAAAGACUAUUGUCUCAACAGUCUCCGACCAGACUCGGAGGAAAUGCAACGUAUUCGAAACGCCUCCAAGACGGCUCAGAUCUACACCUCCCUGGGAUACUCGGAACUCGAUGGAAACAGCCUCUACAUUGCCCAGGUCCUCAUCGACCCAACCGGCGCCGUCGUCAACCACAGGAGGAAGAUCAAGCCGACGCACGUCGAGAAGCUCGUGUUUGGCGAGGGCUCGGGCGACUCGCUCGACAGCGUGGUGGAGACGGAGAUUGGAAGGCUCGGCCAUCUCAACUGCUGGGAAAACAUGAACCCGUUCCUCAAGGCCCAUUCCUGCGCCCUCCAAGAAGAGAUCCACGUGGCAGCGUGGCCCGUCUAUCCUCCCGCCUCGUCCCUCAAGUACCCAGACCCCUACACCAACAUAUCCGAGGUCCAGUCCGAGCACGUCACGCCGGCGUACGCCUACGAAACGGGGACCUGGACGCUGGCGCCGUCCCAGGUCGUGACCCGCGAGGGGGCCCGGCUCAACCUCCCGAAGCGCCUGCAAGACGACGAGGCCGCGCUCGACGCCGAGGCCGCCGUCAUCGGCAACGGCUUCGCCAGAAUAUACCGCCCGGACGGCUUUCGGGCUGUCGAGGACCCGGCCAAGACAUUUGAGGGCAUCUUUGUCGUCGACAUCGACCUCGACGAGAAUGUGCUCACCAAGCGGCUCGCUGACUUUGGGGGACAUUACAUGCGUCCUGAUCUAAUUCGACUGCUGGUCGACAAGACGCCGAAGACAUAUAUCGUGGAUGCCAACUCGCCCGAUCCAAAGACGUUUCCGAGCACGCUUGAGCGCCUUGGCCUUGGAAAGCCCCUUCCACAGGUAGAGGGGGAGGCCGCGGAGCAGGAAAAGUCCUGA